AUGAACUUGGCGAGUCAAAGCGGGGAGGCUGGCGGAAGCCAGCUCCUCUUCGCCAACUUUAACCAGGAUAACACGUCCUUGGCUGUUGGUACAAAAUCUGGUUACAAGUUUUUCUCUCUUUCUUCUGUGGAUAAAUUGGAGCAAAUUUAUGAAUGUACAGACACAGAGGAUGUAUGCAUUGUGGAGCGGUUAUUUUCCAGUAGCCUGGUGGCUAUUGUUAGCCUCAAGGCUCCCAGGAAGCUCAAAGUCUGUCACUUUAAGAAGGGAACUGAGAUAUGCAACUACUCAUAUUCCAACACUAUUCUGGCAGUUAAACUCAACAGACAGCGGCUUAUAGUUUGUCUUGAAGAGUCACUUUACAUCCACAACAUCCGUGAUAUGAAAGUGCUGCACACGAUCAGAGAAACUCCCCCCAAUCCUUCUGGACUGUGUGCACUAUCCAUCAGCAACGAUAACUGUUACUUGGCGUACCCAGGUAGUGCAACAAUAGGAGAAGUCCAAGUGUUUGACACAGUCAACCUGCGAGCAGCCAACAUGAUUCCUGCUCAUGAUAGUCCAUUAGCUGCUUUGGCUUUUGAUGCCAGUGGAACCAAACUGGCAACAGCGUCAGAAAAAGGAACAGUUAUUCGUGUGUUUUCCAUCCCUGAAGGACAAAAGAUUUUUGAAUUUAGACGAGGGGUCAAGAGGUGUGUGAGCAUCUGUUCACUUGCAUUCAGCAUGGAAGGCCUGUACCUAUCAGCCUCCAGCAACACAGAGACGGUCCACAUUUUCAAAUUGGAGACGCAAAAGGAAAAAUAUGUGCCUACAGAGGAACCCGCCACAUGGGGAGGGUAUCUUGGCAAAAUGUUGAUGGCGUCUACAACCUACCUGCCUUCUCAGGUCACAGAGAUGUUCACCCAAGGACGGGCGUUUGCCACUGUGCGCCUGCCUUUCUGUGGCCACAAGAACAUCUGCGCCUUAGCUGUGAUUCAAAAGAUUCCGAGGCUGCUGGUGGCAGCAGCUGAUGGAUAUUUGUAUCUGUACAAUCUGGACCCACAAGAGGGAGGAGAGUGUACACUAAUGAAGCAGCACAGGUUAGAUGGCAGUGCUGAGCCAUCUAAUGAGAUCCUGGAACAGGGGUCACAUGACCGCCCACUUGUGGCUCAAACGUACAGUGCAGCAGUUACAAGAGGUAACUGUGAGGAGCAGGGUGCGGUGGGCGGGGCAGAGGAAGACCUCAGUGACCUGCGUCUCGAAGAGGAGAAUGAGCAGCCGCCGCUCAUAUUAGAAACGGACUGA